UCACUGCACGCAGACAAGUUGUCCCACGUUUUCUUUGAUUUCUAUGAACAACGAUGUUUAAAAGGUUUUCCGCGAUUACGCGCUGUUUAAAAAGUGUCGCACGGAGAACUAUGUUUGUUAUUGAGGUUUUUAAAGCAGGAGAAUAAGACGUUGUACUAUACCUGUUUGGAUCAUCUUAAAAACGCUAACCAAAAUCCCGGCAAGAGUUAGAUAUUUCAUGUCUGCCUUAAUAGUACUUAUUCUAGUCGGGCUAAACAUCAGUCAUCGAUGUGACGUAUGAAGGUGAAUUUUAACAUAAUUUGUUGGUGCUUUUCUUCACCUGGCUUUGCAUUGAUUUAAUCUUACCAGUGUUGCGCUGAUUUCGAAUCAUGACAUUGGACUAAAACAAAAAAUUAUAUGGCAUCCUCGUCUCGGAGAGGCGAUGGUCAGCGCAUCACUGUCGACAGGCUCUUAAGUGACUCAAAAGCCCGAUUCUUGAGUGGCAGUCUUUGUUGCAGUUGGUACAGAUGUAGUUUGUGGCCUCACGAACUGAUACUUGUCGUUCCUUUCUCGCCGCCCGCUUGAUUGUCGCCUCGGCCCUGGCCUUCGUCUCGGCCCUGAGUGCCCCCUCCUUCACACCGUGACGCCAGGCGGCGCGGACUUGCGCGAGGACCUCCCAGGUAUUGGGAUUGAAUUCAGCGAGUCGCAGGUCACGCUUGCAAACAUCCUUAAAGCGAAGGAGAGGUCGGCCCACGCGUCGGGCGCCCUCCCACAGUUCCCCGUAGAGGACUUGCCUUGGCAAGCGAUCGGGUUCCAUACGGUAAACAUGACCGAGCCACCGUAGGCGUCUUUGGAUGAGUAGUGUAGGGAUGCUCGGCAUGUCGGCUCGUUUACUGAUAAGCUAAAGCUGGGACUCUCGUUCGCCAUAAUUUGUGUUUACCAGCCUAUCUUUCCCUUAUAAGAUAAACUCUUGUCCCCACCUCGAUUAGUUUUGGAACUAGUUUCGGGGGCAAGCAAUUCUUUUAUUUAUAGGCAAAGACAAGAAAAUGAAAUAAAAUUGAAUUGUUUUGAAACUAAUGACAUCAUCAACAGCUUGCAGCUUCAAACAAGUACGAUCUAUCGUCCAUAAUUUGGCAGACACUCAACUGCAGUAAUAUAGAAAAGAAAACUUAAAUAAAUUAUCAUCAUCACUUAUACGUGCUGAGUUUAACUUUUCUUAUAAUUAUUUCCAGGGAAAUAUAUGAUAGUUGACUUGACAGGAUCUUUUAGCAUUGCAAUUUUGAAGCCUACAGCAAAAUAAGUUGGUCGAAAUCUCAGCUGGUUGAAAUGUUAGAAGAACAAGACACCACGCAAUGCUUUAGGAAAGUAUCAUGGCUCUUUACUGGAAAACGUUUCAAGGAUAGUUCAUGGUCAUGGAUCGUGUGUGUUUCAGCAGCGGUUUGCCAUGCUGUUAAUCUUGGUAUGGUACUUAGCUUUGGUGUUCUGUUCCCGACUUUGAUGGACUACUUUGACGAGACCAGAGAGAGAACAGCUUUUGUCGGCUCAAUCGGUCUGGGCAUGGUAUGGUUUGCAAGUCCGCUGGCAGGCUAUCUGUGUGAUCGCUUUGGAUGGCGUAUCACAUGUUUCUUGGGAGGCACGCUAUGCAUUGCGGGUCUGGUGUCGACAUCAUUCGUCCAGAGCUUCACAGUGAUGUACUUCACGUACAGCGCCUUGUACGGUUUAGGAACUUGCUUCAUAUGCAAUUCUUGUUUUCUUGCAAUUGCUAAGUAUUUUACAGACAAGUUGUCUGUAGCUACUGGCAUCGUUUCAUUGGGCGCGGGUGUAGGGGUCCUCUACACCGGACCUUUGCUUCAAGUCCUCUUAGACUCGUUUGAAUGGAGGAACACUUUUAGAAUAAUGGCAGCAACUUACGUCCUUGUUUGCAUUUUGAGUCUGAGUUUUAAUCCAUACGUAGAAGAAAUAGCAACAGUGGAGAACUUAAGCAUUGAAAGGAACAACAAAGACGAAGAAAGAGACGACAAGUCAGGCAUCUCUCUUUACUGCAGUGUGUGGAGCUUUCCUGCUUACACUGUUAUUGUAACGUCGUUCACGAUUGCCAAUUUUGGGAUGUAUAUUCCUUACAUCAAUCUGGUCAAGUACUGUGAAGAUAUUAGAAUCUCUGCACAGAAAGCUUCUCGGCUGUUCAUUUUUAUCGGCCUUGCCUCAUGUGUCGCUCGCUUGAUGACGGGAAGACUAUGUAACAACAAAAGAGUUAAUCCAGUGUACGUUUAUCAAUCAUGCUUGGUAACAGCUGGUCUCGCCGCCUUUAUGCUACCGUUCACCACAAAAUAUUGGAGCCUUAUCGUUUUCAGUGUCAUUUAUGGGCUGAGCGAUGGUAUUUACAUAACAACUCAGAAUUUUAUUCUACUGACGGUUGUGGACAGCAAGAGAACCACGGCCUCUUUCUGCAUCAACAAUGUGUUAUAUUCGUUUUCUGCAGCCGCCGGUGGACCAGUUGCUGGUGAGUUUAUAAUAUCACUUCAAACCGAGCGCGAGAAUUGUCCAGGGGGAGCGCAGGCCUGAGGUCUUGACCGGAAGUACAGUACGUUUUCAGUGCAGCGUGUCCGGUACAAAAAGGCAAAAAAGCCAUUUAGCUCUUCCAGUAUGGCCAUGAACUAUAACCCUACAGACGAAUUUCAUGAAACUUGGC